CGACCUAUAUAUUUCUACGAUUGUGCAACUCUUCAGUAUUUAAAUAUCAGUAUGUUGUUUUGGUUUUGAGAACAUGCGAAAAUGUCUUGAUGAACAAGAAGAAAAAGAUUCUAUGAAACUAAUUUAGUGUCUGACCAGCAUGGAUGAAUUAACUACAUGCUUAAGGACUCUUGAUUCUUCAAAGGCUACUGAACGAAAGAAAAAUGUUCUGAAACUUGAGGAGCUGCUUCAAACAGACAAAGUCAUUACUGCACUAGACGCAAGCUCUGACAGGCGUACUGAAGAAAGGAACAUCACAUGGGAUACAGUUUUUAAGGCUGUGAACAGAUAUAUUGAGGUUGAAGUAGCAGCUCUUCAGUCAGCGAAGGAAAGCGUAUCUGCUAUAACACUGAACAAUAGAGACAAAAAGAAACAGGGUCUGGCAGCAGCUUUUAGAUUGGUUAUAAAAACUGCCAACUGUAGAGAUGCAGUUAGGCUACGCUUGGAUCUCAUCAUUGACAGAGUGUUAAGCAUCUUAAAAGAUAGGUACAUCUUAGUAGCUGUUGGGACAGACUUCAGCAAUGUCCUACUCAAAUUAGUUCUGCAGGUGCGGCAAUACUGGUUGGAACUUCAACCCGGACAAUGGAAGCAGUUACUGUUCCUGUAUUUAAAGAUCUAUUUUGAGCAACUGUUGGAUCCAGUCAUUGUGUCCCGUAUUCUUCAGGAAUUGAUUAAUGGCAGCAUUCUUCAAGGGAGACUAUAUCCUAGAAAGUUGUUCUCAUUUUUCAACAAAGUUUUUGAAAGUAUAAGGGAGCUGAACUCAUCUGUUAUUGAAAGCAUGUUGAUAUCACUCAACUUGUUCUGCCUCCAUGUUGCUCCAAGCUGCCGUGUUCAGCUGUGUCACUUCGGUGAAUCUUUGAGAAACAGUUUCAUCUACCUGUGGAGUCAUUCUAACCAUGAAAAAAUUAGAGAGGAACUCAUUUCAUUUCUGCACCUUUUGUUGCGAGCUCAUCAUCCUUGUGGAGUCAGUGAUCAAACAGAUGGGGCCUACGCUUAUAACUGGGAUCACUGGAAGGCAUUUAUUGACUCCCUGUAUGAGCUGAUUCACACAGACAUUGAAGAAAAGUCUAAAUUCACAACUGGAAACAAAAUAAAUGCAUUGAAGUCAAACUAUGUGUCAUUUGUUGCUGAUUUAUUUAAACAGGUACCUCUGCACAAAGCAGUUUUAUGUGACACACUGAACCAGUCACUGUCAAGUUAUACCAGUGACACAGCUACACAAGCAAAGAGGCAACGUCUGAGCACAGAGAACAAAUCCUUGCUCCAGGCCUUGAAAGAUACAGCCAACACAGUCCAUGUAGUUCCUUGGCUGCAGAUUUUGAAUUGUCUCUUGUUGGAGUAUCCUGAGUAUUUUGGCUCAGAAGGACUUUCAGCAGUGCUGCAUUUAAUGGCUAGUCUAUUAGCUGAAUGUAAAAGAGGACAACUGUUCCACUAUUUGUUUGAUGUGCUGACUGCGCUGGUGAAAGCCUUUCCACGCAAGGAAGAAGUGAGUGCAGAGGAUGCUGCUGCCAUGACAACCAUUUGGUCUUAUUGUCUCAGCACUAUCAACUCUAGGCAGGCAUCAGUAGAAGGUUACCAAGAAGCUGGUCUCUCUGCCAUGUCCUGCCUGCUAGACACUCAGAUUGUCAAGCCGGCCCAAGAAAUUUGGAACCUUUUUCUUUUAGACUAUAUGCUCUUGUCAUCGCCAGCUGCUGAUCUUUUGACCUCCCUUGUGGUCAGCGUGGGUAUUCCAGAGAACUACAUACCUAGCAUAAUUGGGGCUGGUGUCCAGAAACAGACUUACCCUUUGAGACGUGCACUGAUUGCCUGGAUGCUGCCUGGAAUCAGUUUUGAGACCAGUCCUGCAAAAUCAUCCUUGCCUCCUUCAAGAGUUGCAGAAAUCUUAUUUUCUUUGACAUUAAAAGACCCCAGUGCAGUUUUAGAGCAACAAAGACAUAACGCUCGUGUGACCUCAGUUAGGCCAGAUUUCGAGUUAAUCUACUUAAAAAAUACUUUUAACCAAAGCUUCAAGACAAGUGACAGGGGAGAUAAUUUUACUUAUGCCAAAAUAACACACAAUAAUCCCCAGAUUUCAACAACAGCAUACUAUCUAGUCAGUCAUUUGUCAUCAUUGUCAAACUCACUUGAUACAGUGCAAUCAUCAACUGAUUAUCUUGCCUGGCUGGCUUGUAUCUGUGUGAAACUUCUCUCUCAUUUUGGCCCGACAAACAAAUUGUCAGGAGAGAUCAAGAAGUCCCUGGAGAAGGUGCUCAAGAAAUGGAGUUCAGUUUUCAUGGCUCAAGUCGUCAAAGAUGGCAUCAAAGGUCAAUGCGGCCCAUUGAGAGAUUUCUGCAGCUUGUUCACAAUUGAGAACUUAACAUUGCAAGAUGAGAGCAUUGACUGUACGCUUGAGUUCCUGCAAUCAUGUUUCUCUCAAGAAUUUAUCAACACACUUGUAAAUCUAGUUUUGAAAAAGAGUUACAGAGAGAACAAGAGUGACCUGAGCACCACUGGGUUUAAGAGACGAAAACGCAGGUAUGCCCAGUUUGAAGAUGAAGAGGAGGAGAAUUUAGCCGUUAUGAAGCAAGAUGAUUUUGAUUUUGAAAUGAGCAGAAGUACCCAAAACAGAGUCAAGAUGGAAGUAGACACCAGGACCAGAGAGUCUGAUGAGACCAUGACUAAUACAAAUGUGAGUAACUUGUCCUACUUGAGCCGAGAUCACCUGAACGAGUCUCAGCUUGGACCAGUCUUGUGUGUGGAGUUGUUGAGCAUCUUGGGGGCCAACUAUCGCGGUGGAGUGCUUCCCGAAGGCAGUGCGCAAAUCAAAGGCAAACUCUUGAAUCUCAUUGGCUCAGAAUCUUUUGACCCGAAGUCACCAGUCCAUUUACAUUUUCUUCUGACUGUCACUAAAUAUCUCCUGAUUCUCCCAUAUCAUGUGACUUGUGAAAACAUGAAAACAAUAUUGAGUGUCUACAGACUGACUGCCAAAGCAUUAAGCCUUGAUCUUCAAAUCUGUACCAGACUUGUCAGUCAUUUAUCUAACCUUGUCCCCCAUCUUUCUGGGCAUCCUGGUGACAAGACAGUCUCAGAGGAAUUACUGUUUUGCAGGGACACUUAUUUCAAAUUCAUCUCUGACUUUUGGCGUCUGUCAGAACAAAGUAACAGUGAUCUCAAGUUUGAGCUGGUCAAAACAAUGGUUCAACUAAUCAAGAAUGACCCAGGUUGUACUUGGGGUAAACUCAAGGUCGAGUCUGAAGAGGAAGAAGAUGGCAGUAAAAGUUUUGAGUUGGUCACUGUAGGACAGCAUCUAAUUAAAGCUUUAGCAGAGGACUGUGCCUUUAUCAAAAACUUUGUCGCUGAGGAAGUUAAAUGGCUGUUUGUUCAGAAGAAUGGCAGUGGUAUUGACGUAGCACUGAACGAGACUACUCAACAGUCGGCUUUUGAUAGAAUUUUUAUACAGUGCAGUGAUCUCAUGGAUUUACAGGAAACUGAAGUAAACACGCUGAAUGUCACAGAUGAGUUGAAGGUUUGCCAGGCGACUUGUCUUCAGGUGUUUUCCACCAUACUGACCAACAGUCCAUUGUGUGAGAAGAAAUGUUUGCUUGGUCUGUGUCAGCUCAUCUCAUACAGGCACAUACCACUAGAUUUGGUUUUCAAGAUGCUGAAUCUUGCCUGUAGGGCUGUAAGCUAUCCAGAUGUUAGAACAUAUGUUGAGUAUCAGCUCCCGUACUUGGUCCACAAUUGGCUGAAUGAGGGAGUUGUCAACUCUUCAGUACAACAGUUUCCGUUCCAGCUCCUCAACUUUACAUGUGUGGAGCAAUUUGUCAGGGCUCAUCAGGAUCUGAUAGUGACAGAGACAUUGAUCAACAAGAUGAAGCUGGAUGAAGUGGCUAGAAUUUUAAAGUUGGUUGGCAUAGAUCUCCAUCCUGGCCUUUUGUCUGCUCUACCGCACAUCCUCAUUUACAUCCUGCCAUUGUUUGCAGCAGACUGUGCCAAGCAAACUCUUGUGGAACCAGUUUCGCACAAACUGCUUAAGAAAGCAACAGACUGCUAUGAGAUUCUAAAAUUAGAACUGUCUGACAAGGAGAUUAAUGAGAGUGUAGUAGAAAACUUGGAGGCCAUCAUCAUGAGAGUUUUAAACUGCUUGUACCUGGACAAUAAUGAAUUUAGUGGCAGCUUGUUGAGUUUCGAACCCAAUCCUCCUUUUUACAAUGGUGAGAUAGUGAGGACAACACUGGAUUACUUGGCGCAAAACUUUAUUGUCGAGAACAAAGAGAAGACAACCCUCAUUAAUGUGCUUGUCAAAUCACCCGAUGGAAUUAGCCAAGUGUUACUCUCACUAUCCACUUUGUUGUGGCGAGCCCACCAGCCAUAUGAUCAAGUUCGAUAUCUGAAGAUGUAUGGUCUGUUUGUCAACAUUGUACUAGUGGACCUCGCCGAUGGACUCGGGGAUGGAUGGGCAUCAUUCAUUAGAGAUGUUCUCAACAGGAUUCUAAUUAUCUUAGGAGAUAGGAGCAGUGGUGACACUCAGUGUGUAUCUAGCCCAAGUUAUGAAGAGGAGAAAAUUUUGACUGCCUUAGAUAUUUUGUAUAACCUUUGCAAGGAAGCUUUGAUCAUUUGUCCAGACGAGAUGGCUAAUUAUAUUCAUCUGAUAGUUGACACAGCAGCUGGUAAUGCAUGUAGGAGUCCAGCCAUCUGUCUGAAAGUCUCACAGCUUAUUGAAGCCAUCCUAACAGUUCCAUUCAAGGACUCUGUGGAACUUGUUAAAGCAAUAGAAUUACUGAAUCCACUUCCUGAUGUCCAAGGUCUAGAGGAAGCUAAUUGUAAAAUGAGUUCAGUAAAGAAAGAGGCUGCCUCUCUCCUGGAAAUGUUUGAACAGCUUCUGUUAGUUCAUCAAGUACUGUUCUAUUCCCCAUCUCAAGGUCUGGCCAACAGACUCAACCAACUGACCAUCUCCAUCCUGGCCAAACAACAACAACUCUACUCUCUCUCUACAUCACAAACUGGUUUGAAUUGUUUAAAGAAGGUGGUGAGUGUACUGGUCAAACUAAUGAGUUCAAGCUGCAAGAAGGUCGUGUCUGCCUCUGCAUCUUGUCUUGGGGCCAUCGGGCCCAUAGAUCUCCAGUGUUGGUCCUUGUCUCAGCCACGAGAGCCAAGCUAUGCUGCAGCCUUUGAUUAUUACAAGGGUGAAGACUAUGAGAAAUAUUGCUGGCUGCUUCAUGCUCUAGAUUACUGCUUGCUGGAUGAAAACAUUGAAAUUGUUAAAACUGCUGGCCAAAUUCUUCAGACUGUUCUGGCAACAAAAUCUGGCAUCCAGUUUGAAGCAGACUAUAAGAAGACUAUGCAAGACAAAAGUUUCUUGUUUCAUUACUUGCAUGCCUACAGAUGUAGCAAUAAGAAGAUCAAAGACGCUCCUGGAGCUGUGAAAGGCAAUGUAGCUACAGUAGACAAUGUCAGUCUCUGGAUGGGGGAAGACUUGUCACAUGAUGUCUGGAUUAAACAGCUGACGGCUUGCCUCCUGAUGUCUGGUCUAGUUCAAUGUGAGCUCCUCAACAAGAUACAUCCCAUUUGUGCACUCAAAAGCCAGUUCUGCGAAGAAGGUUUACCCUACCUGAUUCAUGACAUCCUACAGCAUGGAGAUGAGGAUGUGAGACUAACGCUGUCACGUCAAAUGUCCAACUUCUUUCAAGCAUUCUGUCAGUCUGUCAAGCAUGUGUCUGUCUCAGGAACUGAUCCUGUAUGGAGAAAGAAAGAAUCUUUGAUGACCUUCAUUAAUGUUAUCCAGUAUUUGAGACAGCGCAAGAGGUUGAAUGGAAGAAAUGAGGCAGAACAAACUGCUUGGGACAAUAACUUCUGGCUGGACAUAAAUUAUCUGGACAUCGCUCAAGCUGCUCUUUUUUGCGGAGCAUAUUUCUCCACCAUCUUGUUUGCUGAGAUUUGGUGGGAUGUAAAAAUAAAUGCUGUAAGUGUUGACUCUGAUGGCAGCACCAGUUUGUCUAGUCAAGAGACCUCAUUAGAUCCUCUCUCCUUGGCCAGCACGCAGGAAGAAAAAGGUCCCGAGUUGCAGAGUCUGUUGCUGCAAGCCUACACAAAAAUUGGUGAUCCAGAUGGAAUUUAUGGCUGCGGAGCUGGUAGGAGGGCUGAACCACUGGCCAGAGUGGAGAGUUAUCUCCAUGAAGGGCAACAAUCCAAAGCUUUGACAACUCUAGACAUUGAGAUAUCCCACAAUCCUGCACAGUUGAUCACACCUCUGUUACAGGCCAUUCAAUCCUGUGGUGCAGACUAUAUCCUGCGCCAGUGUCUAUCUGGUUUGAGAGGAGAUGCAGACACUUCCAGUCUUUCUGACGAAGCUUUUCAGCUGAGAGAGUUUCACUACCAGGCAGCAUGGAAACUUGGACAGUGGGACACGCUACCUUCUGCUCGAAUCAAUAAAGCAACGCCAUUCCACCAGUGUUUAUAUCAAGCUUUGCAAUGUUUUCAUGAGGACCAUUUGGUUUCAGCUAAAGACUUAGUUGAUUUGACCAGGAUGAAUGUGAUUGAAAGAUUUGAGCCUCAAGUUGAAAGUUGCCAGGCGUUCUAUCCAUUUCUAAGCCAACUUCAAUGUUUAGUUCAAAUGGAAUGUCUCAUUGAGAACUCAUCAAGGCCAGAAGAAAUGUCUUUAUUUGUGGACAUUGACUCGGGAAGUACAGGAGUGCCCAGUCAUCAGUUCCACUACAAGGAACCAUUACUCAGUCUGUGCUCCACAAUGGGCAAACUCAUGUCUGCUAGUGGCACAGCAUCUGGUCAAGACCUGGCAGUCAAGUCUCUUUGGUGCAUGGCUGUGAGUGGGAGAAAAGCAAAGCAGUUUCAGCUUGCAGAGAAGGCUAUCAGAGAACUGAAGAGCCUGGACCUGAGUAAGUCAACUGUGACAAGUCCGGAAGAAAUUCAACUAGAGGAAGCUAAACUAUUCUGGGCUAGGUCAGAGGUCAACAUUGCGUUGAGUAUUAUGAAGAAUCUCAUCAACAGACACCUGACUUCUGAGAAUCGUGAAAACUCGUCGAUUUACGCUAAAGCACUGGGAACAUAUGGCAACUGGCUGGCUGAGACAAAGUCGGAGACUCCAGCAGUUAUAAUCAAUGAUUAUCUAGAGAAGACUGUCAGUUUACUGUUGAAGCCAAUAGAUGGCAGCGGUGGCUACGACAGGUCAGCCUUGAAUAGUUUCAUCUCACUGGCCAGAUUCGCAGAUGAGCAGUACCAGCAAGUGGCAGACUACAUGAGGUCGCCGACAUUCAUAGAAAAAAAAGACCUCCUGGAGAGGACCAAACGAGAGCUGAGAGAAUGUAAAGAUUUUAAACUGGGAGACUGUCAGGAGUUUAAAAAAAGCAAAUAUCUGAAUCUGAUAGAGAAAAACAUCUUCAUUGAUCAGCAGGAGAUCAACUCUCUUGUUCUGGACCGUGAAAAGUUCUUAAAGCAGGCCCUCAUCAAUUACUUGAGGUGCCUACAGUGGGGUGACCUCCACAAUGUCAGAGUGUUCAGAGUUGUGUCCUUGUGGUUUGAGAAUCAUGGAAAUGACCCCAUCAAUGAACUCAUUAAGAGUUGCCUUGCUAGGAUCAAAACCUUUAAGUUUCUUCCCUUGUAUUACCAAUUGGCAGCGAGGAUGACCUCGGCUGACAGCACACUGUUUCAACAAGUCCUUAUGCAGUUGAUGCAAAAAGUAGCAGAAGAUCAUCCACACCAUGCAUUGUGGGUAAUCAUGGCUUUGGCCCAUGCCAACAAAGAUGAUGAAAUGUUGCAAGGGGAGACCACCGGAAGGGGAAGAAGUAACAAACUGAGUAGGAAUGUGCAGGAACACACUGAAGAAUCCAGAGUGGAGGCAGCUAAACUGUUGCUAGAGAAACUGAAGAAAAAUGCCAAAGUCUCAGCGAUUGUAAAAAAUAUGGAAUUCCUCUGUCUGGCUUACAUCCAGUUAGCUAAUACACCAGCCACUAAUAAAAUGGGACAGCUUCCAAUACCUAAGUCUUUGAAUAUUCUGAAACUUCCAAAAAUGGACAAUGUGUUGAUGCCAUCUGUAGAAUUAAAAGUUGAUCCAUCUGGGAUGUACAGCAACUUGGUCUCCCCUUUGAAAUUUGAGCCCACUUACUCGAUUGUGGGUGGCAUUAAUUUACCAAAAGUCAUUGUCUGCCACGGUUCUGAUGGCAGGCCAAGGACACAGCUGGUGAAGGGUCAGGAUGACCUGAGGCAAGAUGCUGUGAUGCAGCAAGUCUUCUCCCUUGUGAAUCAGUUGCUGGCCAGUGCACCAGAGACUCAAGAAAGAAAGCUUAAUGUCAGGACAUACAAGGUGGUUCCAUUAAGUCAGAAGUGUGGACUCCUACAGUGGUGUGAGGGGACUCAACCUCUGGGGGAAUACCUUAUCAAACCAAACAAUCCCAUUGGAGCCCACGCUAGAUAUCGGCCAAAGGAUUGGUUGGCUAAAGACUGUCGAAGUCACUUGCAUAUUGCAGGCAGCAGUGCAGAGAAAAGGUUCAAAGCUUAUCAGGAAAUAUGUGCCCAUUUCAAGCCAGUGUUCCGUUACUUCUUCAUGGAAAGUUUUCCCGAGCCGUCUGUUUGGUUUGAGAAGAGAUUAGCAUACACACGUAGUGUGGCUACCAACUCUAUAGUUGGCUAUAUCCUGGGUCUUGGAGACAGGCAUGUGAUGAAUAUUUUGGUAGAUCUCAAGAGUGCAGAGCUGAUACAUAUAGAUCUAGGCAUUGCUUUUGAUAUGGGACACAUUCUACCUACUCCAGAAACUGUUCCAUUUCGACUGACCCGUGACAUUGUAGAUGGAAUGGGGAUAACUGGUGUUGAAGGAACUUUCAGAAGGUGUUGUGAGCACACUAUGCAGGUGAUGAAAGACAACAGUGAGUCUCUGUUGACUAUUGUCCAGGUCCUGAUGCAUGACCCUUUGUCUCAUUGGACACUGACUCCACAGCAAGCACUUACCAUACAGAGAAAACGUGAUGAAGCAAAUGUGGACAAUGUUGACCUCCCCAUUGCCAGUGGGCAGGUGCCCUCUAGUGGUCAAGUCGCAGGGGCAGUGAGUGAUACUGACACAAACAUCAGAAAUAUAGACCCCAAGACCAACAAGAAUAAACUGGCUGAGAGAACUCUUCUCCGGCUCAAACAGAAGCUGAACGGUCAAGAAGGCAACGCCCAGCUCAGCAUCUCUGGCCAAGUCAACUAUCUCAUCCAGAAAGCCAGCGACCCCAGGAACUUGUGUAAACUGUUUGCUGGCUGGCAACCUUAUUUGUAAACAACCAACUCUUAUGAAAUAAACUCAUAAGGAAUCAACACUUGAUGUAUACAACCAACUUAUAAGGAACCAAUACUGAGUGCUGUAUUUUUUAAUCUGGCAACUUGAAUAUGAAUAACUUUCUAUCGAGUUGUUAAAAAUUUGUUGUAGUGAGAUAUUCCUGUGUUUUAUUCAUGAGAAUUUGUAGGAAAUGUCUGGAAUGUAUAAUUUUGUUAUUGAAAUGAUCAGAUCCCCAUCAGUCUUUCUCAUCCUGAGUUAUGUUUAGCUCUACAGCAGCUAAACAUUGGCACUAUGUGCCUUGCGCUUGACGGGUGUUAAAAAGGAGAUGGAUUCGCGGUAGUCAAAUUGAAAAUUCUAAGAAUGUUUUAUGAGUUAAAAGGUAGCUGGAUUUUAUAAUUGUCAUGAAAUUAUUGUCCACUAUUUAGUGACCGCCUGAGGUCUAUCUGGCAUUGCAACUGGGUUUGCGUGGUCAUUCUCAUUGAAGACAAUGCCUUAAUUUAGUGACCAGAUGGUUGGCAGAGAACAAACAUUGGACUGUACUGUAUGUAUAAAAAUGUUAUGUUGUUUUUUUUGUGUAAUAUUUUAGAACUAUUCACCACAUUGUGUUCCUGAUUAAGUGUUCACAUGUUCUUUCCAAUCAUGUGAUUGUUUUUAGUCAAUACGACUCUAGGCAAUUAUUGUUAUGUAUAUACCUUUAGAAAGAACAACUUGUGUCAUAAUGUAACUUGUGUUUAUCUGGCGGUGUGAAGACACCGUCUGACAUUUGGACUGGUGAGUACCACAACAUUUGAACCGGUGACUUCUGUGACAGUUUUAAAAACAUUGUUAGACUUUUGAGUUGGGCAGCUAAAUUUUUAUGCAGAAUUCGCUAAUUAUUAUUUACAUUUACAAAUAGAGUUACUAAUGUAUGAUGAGUUGCUUGUAAUCAGGGCCGGAUUUAAGAAUGUGGAGGCCCCCUACAAUUUUUCGAAAGCUUAAAUAAAGAUGCACUUAUGAAUGAAAAUACUUAUUUUUAAAAGCACGGUCUAUUUUAAAAGAAAGAAAUAGAGCUGUUAAAAAUUUAAUCUUUCCUUUUAAAAAUUAUUUAAUACGCAUAUUUUUAAUUUUUAAAAGUGUAUAUUUUUGAGUUUGUGGAGGGUAAAGCCCUUGGUAGACGCACUGCCGUAAAUCCAGAGCUGUAAUUACUUAUUCCAAUCAUGCUACAAGCCUGCACAUUUUAAUUACGACAUUUUUGCAAGCCAUAAAAAAUAAAGGUUAUAAAAAAGGCUUUAAAGUUACUGACCAAUUGAAAUUUCGGAUAAAUUUUAAUCUCUUUUGUGGAGGCCCCUUUCUUGUGGAGGCCCCUGGGGUUGUAGCCCCACCUGCCAUCCCUUACAUCCAUACCUGCUUGUAAUAUACGGACUGUUACAGGAUGUGACGGGAUGCUACAAGUGAUUGGUAACAUUGUGUAACUGUUUCUUGCACUGAUGUAGUUCUGUUCACUGUGUAUCAUUUCAAAGAAUAAACUGGCAAAAACUGUUACAAAAAGCUAAAAAUGUUUCUUUGUGAGUUUUUUGUAUAAUAAACCUAGAAACUCAAGAUUAUGAAGUGAAGCUGGCAUUGAUGAAUACAGCAAAAAAAAAUUAAUUAAAAUACAGUCAUUUCAAAGAAA